UUCUUCUCUGUAUGUGUAUCUCUCUAUCUGUACGUAUCAUCCAUGGCUGCAGAUCAAAUGAUGGAAAACAACAGUGAUCACGAAGACCAAGAAGCUCUAAUCUUCCAUUCUUACCCUUACGCAGCUUAUUACGUCCAGAGCCCCUCCACUCUCUCCCAUACAAAUAGCGUUAACGCCGUCGACGUCCGAAACCUUCACUCCACCACCAGCACUCAUUCUUCUCCGGCGAACGACGCCGUUUCAGGCUUCACCACUCUCUCCCGGUACUCUUCCAACGACGAAGACGUUCUUUCCUUACUCAAAGGACAUAAGACGAAGAUGAUUGGAGUAAUCCCAGGUGGGAUCCACCAGAAAGAAGGAGCCAUCAACCGUCUGAUCAUCGUUGAUCAUGACGAUGAAGAUGAUGAUGACGAUGAGGAUGAUGAGAAUAAUGAUGGGGGGAAGAAGAAGAGAGGGUGCUGGUGGAGAUAUAUGUCGUUUAGAAGGUCUGACAAUAAUGCUUGUGGUUGGAUUGCUCUGCAAAUAUUUUGGAGGCUUCUGUUUAGUUUGGGAGUAGCAUUGCUUGUCUUCUACAUCGCCACUAAUCCUCCCCAUCCAAACAUUUCCAUAAAGAUAUCAGGAAUUAGAGAAUUUGGGCUGGGAGAAGGAGUAGAUGGGCAUGGGCUUGCUACGAAAAUCCUCACCUGCAAUUGUUCAAUGGAUCUAACGGUCGACAACAACUCUCGUCUCUUCGGACUCCAUAUUCACCCUCCGAUCAUCCAAAUGUCCUUUGCACACUUCCCUUUCGCCUUUGCACAUGGUCCAAAGCUGUACGCACAGAGUCAUGGAUCAACAGUUUUCAAGUUAUAUAUAGGAACAAGGAGCAAGCCAAUGUACGGUGCAGGAAGAAACAUGCAAGAUAUGUUAGAGUCAGGGAAGGGUUUGCCUUUACUUAUCCGAGUUAGUUUCUCCUCUGAUUUUCGAGUGGUUUGGAGCCUCAUCAACCCUAAAUUUCACCACCAAGCUCAGUGUUUACUACUCAUCCAUCCAACAUAUGAUAAGAAACACAAAACCCAGAAAUAUAAUAGCACAUGCAUAACAAUGUAAUGAUGAAAUUAAGAGGCACACAGUCUUAUAAAUAGCCUUGUGUUAUAUGAAUUUACUUUAAUCGAAUCGAGCUAUACACACCAGUGAAUGGUGCAGGCAGAAACGUGCAAGAUAUGUUGGAGUGGGUGAAGAGUCAACCGCUGCUUAAUUCGGGUUAGUUUGUCGACUCAUUUCCGAGCUGUCUGGAGUCUCAUCAACCCUAAAUUUUCCCAUCAAGCUUGGUGUCUGCUACUCAUGGAUCUAGCUCAUCAUAAAGAACAUAAAACUCAAAAAUAUAAUAGCACAUGCAUAAUGA